CGGUGAGCAAUAUUUCCGGUCGGCUUUUUUCAAUGGAUGACUCCCUUGUGUUGUGUCAAAGUGUUUUAUAACGUUUUGCUUAAGUAAUUGCGCCUAAGCAAAUUAGAAUUCAUUGGAAAACCCGUCUAACCCUGUUACUUGAACAGGGCAACAUUUCGUGAGUGAUAUUUUUUAAAUAGGACUAUAACAAUGCCUUCUGCUGCAUCUAAUGUCAAAGUAGAAAAACAAAUAAGUGAUAAUGCCCUCGCUGAUAAUUCUACGCCUUUGCGGCAAGCGAUUACGGUGAUAGAACAUAAAAUUAGGAAUUUAGAGAAACGAAAGUCAAAAUUAGAAUCAUAUAAGGAAUUGCAAAAUGCCGGAAAAACCUUAAAUGAUGAUCAAAAGACUGCUGUAGCCAAAUUCAAUGAAGUUAUUCAGACCUUGGAUUUUGCUAGGGACUUAUGUAAACAAUUUAUUGGAAUUGUGGCUGUAACUGAAAAAGAAGCAAAGAAACAGGCAAAAAGAGAAGCAGCCCUCAAAAAUCAAGCAGAAUUGGCGAGACUCAGGGAAAUUCUACUGGUUCAAGAUGCUUUAAAUCAAAUGGGAACUGAAAAUGUAAGGGAUGACUUUCUCAAUGGAAAAAAUGGUGCAGCUCAACUAACCGAAUCUGAUCUCAAAUUGUUGGACGACUUGUACCCGGCUGUGACACCGAAACACGAGGCAGGCAACCCGACCGCAUUUACGAACGAAGUGCAAGCGGCGGCCGAGCAUUUGCUCGCCGUCGUCGACGGCAAACCGAAGGAAAUAUUUGGCGGCACCUACUGUCAAAUCAAAGAAGUGCUCGGCAAAAUUCACGAGAGCGGAUACUUUGAUCAAGCCCAGGUGUAUGAAUGUUAUGAGGAGCCCGCCGCGGAGAUGGAACAGCAGCCCGAAGGACAGCCGCUCGAUUCCGUCGCCGCCGAACAACCCAUGCCACCCCACGCUGACCUCGCCCACCAGAUCCCCAUCGAAUCUCUGAGCAUCGAGCAGCAAGUGCCCGUGCAGCAGCAAAUGCCGCCGCAAGCCGUUCACGCCGCCCCCCCACACCAACCGCAGCACCAGGUGAUGGAGCAGCAGCCGCCACCAAGUGCGCCGCCUCAGGUGCAGAUGGAGCAGUUGGCGCAGCAUCCGCAACAAGAGAUGUACCAUCAGCAGCAGGUGCCUCCUCUGCAGGUUGUGCAGCAACAACCACCAAGGCCCAUCACUGAGAUGCUUGGCACUGGAAGCUUCUUCUUUUUGCAGGAGUCCGAAAUCGACCCUCAGGAACAACAGCAGCAGCAGCAGCAGCAAAUCCCGACGCAAACGUACACCAACCAGCAGCAAUUCGUGCCUGGCAUGCACAUGCCGCCGCCACUCCAGAUGCCGCAACACUUUCAGCAACCGCCCCACGUCGGCAACAUGCCGCCCGCGAUGGGCAUGCAGCCGCCGCUCCAGCAGCAGCAGCAGCAGCAGGCGCCCGCGCAGCAGCCGACCCCCGUCGCGAUCAGCAUGCAGAAGAACGGCAACAUGAUCGAGGAGCGGGACGACAGCCAGAGCGACGUUGCGCAGCACAACGGCAACCAGAAGUACCCGCCUCACCAGAGGAACCAGAACUACUACCAAAACAACGGCUACCCCAAGGACAACUACAACAACAAAGACUACAAGGACAAUUACAACCAACGGUCCAGGCAGAGCAACAGGAACGGAAACUCUAAACCUCAAAAUAGGCAUUAAUCUAACUUUCUCUCGAUUCCUUUUUUUUAAAUUAAGUUGAUCUUUUCCUGGCAUGUAUUAUCAAAAUGCAUCAUCAAAAUUUUAAAUUUAAACUCGUCUACUGAAUUAAUAUUGGAAUGCUUUAAAUUCCAAGUUUUUGUGGACUCACUUUUAAAGCAUUCCUCACAAUAAAACAAUUCUUUAGAGUGUUGAAGGGUAAAAGCACAAUUUAUUAAUUUUGAUGGGUAAAAUAAGAAUUAACAAUUAUUUCUGUUGAAAGAUUUGAUUUUUUGUACAUUUGUCAGUAUAAGUCGAGUUCUAGAUAGAGACUAAAACAUCCUGGAAAACUGUAUAAACCAAUGUUAUAGUUGAGGUUAUAAUAAAAUAAGUCAACAUUAUUUAAUUCUAUUUAGGGCUUUAAUCUAAUCCAAGUUAUUGGAUUAUUUUAAUAUCAAUUUGGCUUUACUGUAUUCCUUUAGUCUCUUAUUUUAAUAUAACUUUGGAAAAUAAAAUUAUAUGGCAUCUGAAUAUGAUUGUUUUUAUUUUAAGUCCUCUAUUGUAC